CCAUAUCAGGUCCUGGCGCUCCGAGGGGGAAUAGCGAAGAGUUUCCGCCUCCAUCGCUCGCAACACCUCCCAUGUACCUUCGUCGAACUCCUCGAUGGCCGCCGCGGGAGAAUUAUUUGCUGGCUUCCUACUGUAACGACGUGGUCGCAUAGUGAUGCGGGUGUGGUUCUCCCAAGGAUGCAGACGGCUUCGGACACAGCUUGCAGAGUUUUGACAGGUCACUGUUGGAUGAUAUGAUAAGCAUCGUGGAGACGAACGGCGUGCUUUUUGUUGUUGCUGACAUUCCUCAAAAAAACAAUACUCCCGUUUUCCAGAAAGUUUGAAGAGAGAACAAACAAACACGAAGAACAUGAGAGCAGAAAUGGAGGGGACAUUGGAUGGAGACCGCGCCACAAGCGAAAGACGACCUAGUAUUUUGCUGCUUCAAAACAUGCUGAGAAAAGCUUCGCAAAGUUCACUCGACAAUGAAUACCAGACUCUCGUUUCAUCGCCCUCUGAAUUAAGCGUUUCUCCUGUGGAUGGUUGGAGAAGCAAACAGAACGCCUUUAAGACGGAGAACAAUCAGCCGGCGCCUGCUUCAGCUGAGAUCAAAGCAUCUACUUUGUUCGCACGAAGCUCUCAGAAUGGGGCCAGCAGCAACCCUUUUUAUUCGUAUUACAUGGAAUCUGAGAACAAGUACAACCAAGAUCAAGACAGCAUCUCUGUCCCUCAGCCCCAAUUCCAGAGUUCUCCUCUGGAAAAUGAAGCCACAAUGUCUGACCCUCAUAAGGACUUCAUUCAGGCUUUCAGCCUAAACCACGUGCAGGACAGCUUUCCAACAUCCCAAAGUGUGUCUUCAAGCGGCCAUUAUCACGGCGCCAACCACAAAUCGGUAGAUACCUACACGAAGAACCUUCCUGAAAACCUCUACAAGGACUCAAAUUCAUACAGCUCAAACAUGCAGGAUCUUUACCAAAAUUCCAGAGAAGAUGAGAAAGUCUUGGCUAAAUAUCCCAGCACUUUUGCGAAUCCGUCCCCUGACAAGGAUCUCUUCACCUCCUCAAAGGGUCCAGUGUCGAACCUGUUUUAUUCUGCCUCCACCAAGUUUCAAACAAACGGAGGAGGAUUCCCUCAUAAUAACAAACUUGCUGACUCUGGAUUAUCUGGGUCAGAUCUGGAUGCAUUCUCCCCUUUCUCCACUGCAGAGCCAUUCCCCAGCCCGCUAGUAAAGAAUUUAUUUGGAGAUGGUGGCAAUGCCAGGGACUCAUUUGGUGCAAAGCCAUUUGAUAGCAAGGAUAAUUUUAGGUCGUCACCCCUGGUCCAAUCAAAUUAUUCUGACGCACAGCACGAGAUUGUGCUCACCACUCCGCAGGGAAGCAAGCACGGAAUCCUCCACCCGACCCCCUUCAAUCAGGCCCAGAAACUGAUGGGGUCGCCGGAUUCUUCUCCGACUGAGUCAGAGCACGUGCAAUUCUCUAGGCGUCCACCAAAGCCACUGCCUCGUUCCAAACCUUCCAGGCCACCCAAGCCAGCAUACUCUGUGGAGCCUGAUGCAGCUGUGUCUCCGAAACCUCCUCCAAGACCGUUUAAACCGCUACCCAAGCUGCCCAUUCACCUCAAAACCGAUGCUGAGGACAACAAAGCGGCUGAGUCGGAGGGCUACCCCGUCUUUGAGGACAUUUUGCUGAUGGGACAGGAGAGGUGUGUAGAAGACUGGCCAGAGGACAGUCCUCAGCUGGACCCCGGCUUCAAACCAUCCGGGACGUUUAAACUCCGCCGUGAAUCCCUAAAAGUGAAGAUGGACCAUGAGAUAGCAGAAAGAGGCAGUGGAGAAGAACAGGAUGAUUAUGGAACUCAGGGCAAGAAAAAGGGGAGGAAGUUCUCCCUGAUGUCCAGAAGAGGCUCAAAGGACACAUUUCCUGAUGACAACAGGAGCUUCACUUUACCUACACAAAGAAAAUUAUCAAAGGACUAUUUUUACGACAUGGAUUCAUCACCAGUUGAGAAAGAAGAUGGAGUGCAAAGUUGGUCGGACACAAAGAAGGACCCUCUGAAGAACAAAGUCAACCAGCUGCUGAGGCGUGCGUCCACCAGUCUCAUCAACAAACAAUCGACUGCUGAAAGCAAGGAGGCCAUGUUUGACUACAGCACGAAUGUGGAAGAGAAAGUUGGACAAUGGGAGACUGACGGCUACACCAGUAAUGGCAAAAAGAAGAAGAAGUUCAAGUUAAUCUCAAAGAAACAUCUCCCUGGGGAGCAGUCCAAGGGGGCAUAUGGAUUCUCCAAUCGCACAGACUCAAAUGAGUAUGUAUUUGAGGAUGAGGACAGGUUAAGGACUCCUCAUUCCACCAGACAGGGCGGGCUCGUAGACAUGAAUGCUUUUUCUGCAAGCAUGCCCACUGGAUUGAAUGACCAAGAACCCUACUGGCCUGAGGACUACAAAACUCAGAAGAAAUCCAUGAAGAAGAAAUGGCUGCACUUGGCUCGCCACAACUCCAAGGAGGACAUGCCGAACACCAACGAGCAGUAUUAUGAAGAGCUGAACUCAGAUGACUACAAGCUGAAAAAAAACAAAUUCAAGGCUCAGUCUCGCAAACAAAAGCCGAUUCGCAGUUUACCUGAACUGGAGGAACCAGGCGCAUACAGCCAUGCUUCUUACGCAGAGGCGCCUUAUUCGGACCACUGGCUUGGCGAGGAUGAUGUCAUGCGGAGUGGAAACCCACGCAGGAGUACCAAAGUGGACUACAACUACGAAGUGGAUGAACUGGCAAUCUGCAAAACGAAAAAGUCAAAGCGCAAAAGCUUAUGGAAGCACAAAUCGAAGAACAAAGAGUGGGAUGACCCCAGCGAGGACUCAGCAGCCCUGUCAGAGGCGGCCCAUGCUGAAAUGCUGGCGGCUCAGAGGGACAUGGCGAACAGUGUGGAAGACACUGAGGGUGACGGGGACACGGACAGCUUGAUGGAAUGGUGGAACACAGUGGAACAAUGGGAUGAGCUUCCAUCAGACGAAGAGGAAAAAAACGAUGAUUCCACGUCCUUCACUAUCUUGGCGAACAAGGUUCAGCGAGGCCUGCGCGUCUUCAACAAAAUCUUCAUGGAGCGCGCCGAGGUUUUGUGGCAGCAUAUCAUCAGGCUGCACGCCCUGGCCGAUGACAUCAUCAUCUUCCACCAGAAAGCCAAGGCGGCAGGCAUCACCGGCGGCACCACGGCGGCCGUCGGUGGCGUGACAGCCAUCGCUGGCCUGGCCUUGGCACCUUUUACGUUUGGCGCCUCCCUCAUUAUCACGGCUGUCGGUGUAGGUGUCGCUACCGCUGGAGGGAUCACCACGGCCUCGGCGACCAUUUCGGAUAAUGUUAACAACAUGCAUGAGCGCAAGAAGGUGGAGGCAGUGCUACAGGAGUAUGAUCUUCACUUUCAGGACGUGGCCAAGGUCCUUAACUUCGUCAAUCACGGUAUCUACAAACUGCGCGGGCAUCCUUUCCUCCGGUCCGGCACACAGCACUACUCCGAGGACUGGGAGGUGCGCAAGGCAGUGCAGAUGAUCAGCCUGGUGGACUCGCCCGUCAUGCGAGCUUCAGAGGUCACCGAGACCAACCUGGCCUUAGUCCAAAGAUUUCACAGCAGCAUUGACAAGUAUUUCCUCAAGGAAUCCCGGGAGCUGAAGAGAAACUAUAAGAAGGAGUUUGUGGCUCAGAUAAAGGAGGUUGCCAAUGUGCUCAAUGAUGGAGUGGUGGAGCUCAACGCCAUCAGGGAGGAGUUACAGAGCGCGGUUGGGAACAUUUAAAUGUUGAGGAACAGCUGCACCUUGUGGAGGAGAUAUGCAAGAGUUCUAGGAGAGGACCAAAUAUUGUAUUACUGUAUCACUGAAAGAAAUACACCUUUGGCAACCAUUUGCUUAGUUAGCACGUCUGCUUUGCAGUCAGGAGAUGUGGGUUCAAGUAUCGACAUAGACUUUGCAUCUUCUCCAAGUGCUUGUUUGAGGGUUUUUUUAAGGUUUUUACGACUUUGGUACCAACCAGUCCAGAAUAUAACCUGCCUUUUGGCUGAAUUAAGCUGGGAUAGGCUGUAGCUCAUAUUCGUGACCCCAAUAAGGACAAUCCGUAUUGAAAAUGGAUCAAUAUAAAUACUUUUUAUUAUAAUAUGAAAAUCGUUCUUCUUGUUGUAGUUUGUCGGUGUAUUCAAAUGUAAGGCAUUUACACUUUUUAAAAAAAGCACUUUUUUGUGUGUGGGUUAAAUGGUGUGGUUCCCACUAGAGUGUGGCUUUAAAUUUUUCACUGUAGUUUAAACAAUAAUAGCACCAUGCAAUCCACGUAAACUACAAUUUAAUGAUUUAACUGAGGAACAGCAGUAUAUACAUAUAACAUUUUCAUAUUACAACAUUAUAGUAUUAUUCCAGCCAUUUUCUGGUGUAUGCAUAAGGCGGUGUUUUUAUAUUAAUAACAUGGACAGUAUUUGAAAUGAUUGCAUAUUAAAACACAAUGUUGUAUUGCAGAUACAUGUAUAUACAUAGUCAUAGCAUUUUAUAUGUGAAUGUUUUAAAAAUGUAUGUUUCUAAAUUUGGAAAUGUUUUACUGUAAAAGUAAAUGAUGGAAUAAAGAUAGUUUCUCACCUCAAAUUUAAUGG